AUUGGCGCUGGCGGCUCGAGCGCGCACGAACGUCGCCGACUAAUCACGAAGCGGUUUACACGGUCGCGCGUCCCAACUCGUCUAGUGUGUUUUUGACAUCGGUGAACGCAGUCGUGAACUUCGGAGCGGACCGAUAUACUUUUUAUUUAUAGUUAAUCGAAUAAGUCGUGUGACGUUCGUGAAUACCUGUGUAACCCGGGAUAUAAAUAUGAGUAUUGCUGCACUCAUCCAAGCUGCUGAAUAUCUCGAAAGGCGAGACAGAGAAGCGGAACACGGAUAUGCGUUGAACCUGCCGGUGUACGAGGAGACCCGCUCGGGCGGGAGACGGCCGAAGACCAAGAAGUCGCAGGGCAGCAGGACCACUCAUAACGAGUUGGAAAAGAACAGGAGAGCGCACCUCAGAAGUUGCUUGGAGAAACUCAAGGACAUGGUGCCACUAGGGCCCGAAUCGUCCAGACACACCACACUAGGAUUAUUAACAAAAGCCAAAAGAUUUAUAAAGAGUCUAGAAGAACGGGAAAAAAGGCACGCGUCACACAGAGAGCAGCUCGCGCGCGAGCAGCGCUACCUGCGGCGGCGGCUCGCGCAGCUGCGUGCCUCGCCCUCAGCUCGGCUGUCAGAGUCGCUCACGCACACGCGCGCGGAUUCGUGCUCGUCGCUAGAAAGCUCGUCCGGUGUGUCCACGGCCGAGCGGUCACCUUCUAGUGUCUCAGAGAGCGACGAAGUGGACGUGAUCGGCUACACGUCCAACCAGAGCGAUAGCGAGUCGCUGGUGUCGGGCCGCAGCGGCAGCGGAGACAGCGGCGUGUGUGAGCGGGCGCGGCGCGGCCGUCGCUCGCCGCGCAACGCGCGCCGCGCGCCCCGCAAUACGAGGGUCUAGGUUUCAAGUGGGCGGAGCGAGCGUGACGUCAUAACUUUGUAACGUAAACAAUCGUAGAACAUUUUGUUGAUACAUGUACUAAGGCGACUGUUGUUUCUGUGACUGAACGUGACGAGUGCCCGCGCCGCGACCGACACGCUGGCGACACUGGCGCCAUCUAGUCGCACCGAGCUCUGGCCGCCACGCGCCGGUCUUAACACCUCUGCAAAUUAUCACCGAGUACAAAAUUGCCAAAACCCGUUCAUUUCAACUUUUCUGCAAUAUCGCAUAUCGGUGUGGAUUCCAAUUUUCGGUUACAAUGAGCGCUCGAGUCGAUUCCAGAGGUGAAGGGGAUUAUAUUUCCCCAAAUGCAAUGCCUGUCUCACUUUUUGUGUGUUACUUGCACAUUCCUUUUUGUAUUAAUCAAUUCGAGCGCACAUUGUUAUCCAUUGCAGUUUCACAAAUUAAAUCCGGUCUUUGUAACUAGUUUUAGUUGGGGUAAAUUCAUAACAGUAAAAGAUUUUAAAACUAGUUUUGAAAACUUCAUGACUCUUCGUACAAAAUAAUACAUAUUGGGCUUCGAACGCCUUGUAUUUUCAUCAUCAUUGAUAUUGUGGUAAUAAUCAUGUUAUUUUACUAUACGUUAUUGAAUUUUCUAUCGGUCAUAUUGAAACAGUCUAGUUGAUCGUUACACUCUAGGGUACUUAUCGUUAUUUUUCACAAACGUUGCUGAUUUAGCAAAAUGUUGUAUAGAUAAAUAUCAAUUUUAUAUUUGUAUACAUAUAAUUAUUUUUCUUGUAAAAAAUCAAUCAAAUAGAAUUAGAUCUGUGAAUUUUAAGUGGAAGUCUGCAAAAACUUAUAUUGGGCUACAAGCCCACCAAAAAUAAUUAUAGAAGGAUUCCAUUUAGUUCACGCGUACUAACCAGAUCAUUUCCGCUAUGAGGAUUUUUUUUGGAAACGCUCUGUACAGGCGGGCCCGCAAAACAUCUCACUGCGUUAAAGUAUUGGAUGCGUAUGUAUUUGAAGACGUGUACUUUAAAUCCUAUGUCCCAAAAUAGGCUUUAAAGUGGCUAAUGACUUUUCAACCGAUCACAAAUCACAACUAAUCCUUGGUAUUGGGGUCGAAGAAUUUUUCUUUUCUAGUGUUUUUUGUUCAUGUUUAUUUUAAAUACUUGUGUUUUUUUUAUUAGCACAAUAUUAAUUUCCUUAUAAAGUAUCAUCAACAACUCAAUUAAUAUACUACUCUAUGUUACCCUACAUUUUGUCCCACAAGCGGCGAAAAAAUGGUGUUUUGUGGCCACACGUUUUCACACCGCGCUACUACUACUACAAAAUUUCGAAGUUUAUAGGUAGAUCGCUCGGUUUCAUUGGAUUAAUGCAAAAGCGAUUAAAUGAAUGAAAUAUCAGACAUCCUAAUCUGUAUGUUUGUGUCAGUCUUAUGUUUGUUUUAAUAGUAUUUACGCGGAAUUUGGGACGCCUGUACCGCCCGUUGCUCGAUCAACUCACGCGCAAGCCUACAAGCUUCUUGUCAUCAAAGUUUAUUUAUUAUCGUCGUCUACGCACGGCGACGGACCCCACAGACUAACAUCGUAUUCUUAAGUAUUGAUAUUGAAUAUUCUAUGAUCUCACUUCAUUGUCACACACCCAUCUUCAGUAAUUUGUCAUUAUAGUAGACUUGUUUAUUAAAUUAUUUAUUUUAUUCGACGCAGUCGCAGUAAUAUGGGAGUGGUCAUUGUUGUGUAUAAAUCUUGAGAUCAACAAUAUUAUUAUUUAUUUUAGAUAGAGUGAAAUGACUAUAAUAAUUAAUAUAUUAUUGCGAAUUAAUAUAAAUUUAUAUUUUUUUAUUUUUAAUAUAUUGACAAGUCGAAUGACAAAAUUACUUUAGUGGUAUUUAAUUUAUGUGGACAUUCACAUACCAAAAAUAAAUAUACACUGUAAAGGACAAUAUGGUAAUGUGUCGAUACAAAAUCUUGCAAGGGGAAAACAACUAUAUAAGAGUACACAUAUUUUGUUAAAACUAUUUUGUCUUGUAUAAAUUGUUACUUCAUUUGUGAAGAGCGAAUGACCUUGUAUAUUAUGUAUGUUCAACAAUUUUGGUGACGCAAUUGCCCGGAGUCACUCUCAGACUCCGGCGGCGCGUGAUUUUAAUAAUUGCAUUAAAUCUUAUUGUAAAUUGUUUUAGGUAUGAAUGUUAUGUAAGGAUAGUUGUAACAUAUUAUCAUUUGUAAGUAUAACAUUUAUUUUAGAAAUGACAGUCUGAUCUCUUAAGGUAAUAAUGCGUGGGGCGUGCCAGUCGGGUUUUAGCGAUGUUCUACCGCGGAUCAUCCUAAAUUAUAAAUGUACUGUGAAUAUACCUAAAAUUUAACACACUUAUAUCGGGUAGUAAUUUAAGUUUUCUUUGUCUUAAAAUACAUUAUAAACAUCCUUUUCACGCUGUCUGCUUUUCCACUUUGCUUUAAAAAAAAAGUACUUUAAUAUUUAUUAUUCUCUCGUCUAAAGCAUCUCUUAAAACCUAGCGCUUCCAACAAAAUUAAAUUGUAUCGCACCUAUCGCUACGCUUAAAGCUAAGGGGGCGUCCAUUAAUCGCGUCAUAUUGUA